AUGUCUAUUUAAACGAAGCCUUAAAUUUGCCAAAUUCACUAGUUGGAAAUUUUAGCAAUAGAUUUACAAUCUUCUAACAAUGUAGAAGAUAAAUAUUAUUGUCUUAAAUGUUUAACUUAAAAGUUUGAUUAAUAACAAUUAGCUUCAGUUUAAGAAGCUAAAGAGAAGAUAUCUUAAAUAAGAGAGUAAGAAAAACAAAAAUUAAAGGAUGAUUAUUAAAAAAGAAUAGAGAAUCUUGAAACUCUUAGAUCAUUGAUAAGAGAAUAUACAAAUUCUAUUAGUAAAACCAUUAAAGAAAUAUCAGCUAAAACUGAUGCUAAAAUUGAAUAAUUAUAAAAAUAAAGUUAAUGUGAUACUUAUUUGAAUGAUGAAGAGAGUUAAGAUCAAGAUGUUAUUACAUAAUCCAUAACUUCAAAAGAAUAAUCAUAAUCAUAAUCAAAUCAAAAAAUAGAGAAAUAAUCUUUAGAUGAUGAUGAUGCAUUCUUUUGUUAAACUAUACAAUUAUUAGCAGAUACUUAAAAUAGUAGUUAAUAUCAAGCUAUUCUAAAACAAUUUGAAAAAAGUCAAAUUUGCAAAAUAGAUGAAAUAACUUAAUCAUAAAAUGCUAAUAAUGAUAAAUAUGUAAUUAUAUUUUAGAUUAUUUUAGAAAACCCCUAGUUUAAAAGUGUAAUGUUAGAAACAUAUGAAAGAAAUAAUUAUGAUAAAUACAAAUCCUAACAAUGAUAGUCCUUUAUUGGCUUGUGUAGUUUGUAUAUCAGAAUUUCGCUCUACAUAUCUAGGUAUUGGGGAUUUUAAUAAAAAAUAUGUUGAGUUUCAGAAAGAAUUUAUAAAGAAUUAAUAUUAAGAAAAAAAUAAACUCAAAUUUUAAGAAUUAACUAAAAUAUUGAUUUAAUGGAAAAAAAACUUAACGAAGUUAAUAGAUGAAUUUUUAUCAAGCAUUAAUGAUAAAACUGAAAUUAUCAUUGAUUAAAUUUAAUAAAAAACAAAUAUAAAAGAAAUUUUUGAUUUAGAUGAAUAAGAAAUUAAAGAUAUUGUUAAUCAAGUUUUCAUACAAAAAAACUAUAAUAAUUUAUUGUCAGAGAAAUAGAAAUAAUAAAGUGAUGAUAAUUAAUAAUUAUAUGAGUAAUUAAGCUCUUUUUGUGAGCGUUUUAAAUUAUAGGAAUAAUAGAAUUUAUAAGAAAUAACAAAAGUUAUAAAAGAAAACUUUUCAUAAGAAGAAGUGCAAAGUUGGUAUAAAAGUUAGUAGAAGGUUUUCUUUGAUGAAUAAGUUGAAGAGAACAAAACACCAAUAGAUGAAAAGUAGAAUGUUAAAGAGAAAGAAAUAAGAUCAUAUUUUUAAGAAUUUUAUUCAGCUGGAUUUGUAUCUAAUUUUUGCGGAACUGAUAUUGAAAUAAUUAAUAAACAUUCAGUGAAGAGUAAAAAUAAUAAUAGAUAAUUUAGAUAUUAAAUUAGAUGCAAAUGGUCAUAAACAAUAUGCUGUUAUGAAUUAUGGUUUAUCAAAAGAAUUUAUUUCAACAUUUAGAUUUAAAAUUCAAAACCAGUAAAAAUCAUAAUUAAAACUAAUAUAGCCCUAAAGAUUUGAUAUUUAUUGGAGUUUGUAAUCUUGAUGUAGUAAAAUCUAAUUCUUUUAAAUUUAAUGAUUAGAAUUAAAUAGGACAUGGAGGCUAUUUAGUUUGCUCAAAUGGAUAUUAUUUAGUUAAUUCAGAUAAAUAAAACAAUAACAAAAGUUCAUCAUGCACUUUCUAAACAAACGAUAUUAUUCAAUGUACAUACAAUCCAAAAAUUUAGAAAAUAAAAUUUACUAAUUAAAAAGUAAUAAUUAAAAUAAAGUUUAGACUAAUGAGUUCAUUUAAUUUGAUGUUCCUUCUAAUGUGGUCUUAUAUCCUUGUGUAGCAUUUUAUUCUGUGGAUGGCUAAAUUGAAUUUAUACCUUAUUGAAG